GAAAAUAAUUCAAUAUUUAGGUUUUUUGUCAUUUCAUUAACAGAUGAGAGGAAAGACAAAUAUGAAGCUUUCCCUCCAGAAGGAAACCAAACAGGGAAGCUGCUGAAGGGCGUCUCCGGGCUCGACGAGUACUUUGUGAAACGUGAACACGGAGGUGGUCACCCGGCAACCAUCGCCGAGUACUUGCAGCGCAGCGACACUGCCAUUAUUUACCCAGAAGCUCCGGAGGAGGUGCCGCGGUUGGGCACCCCCGAAGCCAUCACCCAGGAAGAGAGCGAGCACGACCUGCUGUCCGGCUCACCGGGCGACUUUUCCCAGCUGCUCACCUGUCCAUACUGUGAACGCGGCUACAAGCGGCUCUCCUCCCUGAAGGAACACAUCAAGUACCGGCACGAGAGGAGUGAGGAGAGCUUCUCCUGCCCACUGUGCGCGGACUCCUUCAGCCUCCGCUCGCAGCUGGAGCGUCACAUGACCACGCACAGACCCACCAGAGACCAGCCGCAGGUCAGCGACAGCGCUGGAAACCGCAAGUUCAAGUGCAAUGAGUGUGGAAAAGCUUUCAAGUACAAACACCACCUGAAGGAGCAUCUGCGUAUUCACAGCGGUGAGAAGCCUUACGAGUGCUCAAACUGCAAGAAGCGGUUCUCCCACUCCGGCUCCUACAGCUCACACAUCAGCAGCAAGAAAUGCAUCGGCUUGAUCGCUGUAAACGGACGAGUGCGCAAUGGGAACAAACCCGGCUCCUCCCCAAACUCCACAGCCUCGUCGCCAGGAAGCCCGGCCUUCGCGCAGCUCCGCCACAAACUUGAAAAUGGGCACCUGCUCAGCCAUCCAGACCAACAGGGUCAACUGGACCUCAAAGCCGAGCCGAUGGACUUCAGCGAGUACCGGCUGCUGAUGGCUGCUCAGCACGGGUUUGGGGGAUCUGGGAUCUACCUGAGCAGUCGUGGUGAAAGCCCGGUGGGAAUCCAUGGCUCCUCACAGAGCCCCCUUCAUCAUCUCGGAGGCCUUGGGCUGGACCUCCCACAGCUGGGCUUAUCGGGGUCCUUUGCGAACAACUUUAGUGAGGUGCAGAAGGUGCUUCAGAUUGUGGACAAUACAGUUUGUAGGCAGAAGGUGGAUGGCAACCCGGAGGAGAUCUCCAAGCUCAGGGCCUACAUGAAGGAGUUGGGGGCCCAGAUGGAGGAGCAGAAGCUGGCCCAGGCCAGUUUUCAGGCUGUGGGCAACGGCAGCCCUACAAAGAGCAUCAUCGACUACACACUUGAGAAGGUUAACGAGGCCAAGAGUCUGAUCGACGACUCCAAGAGGCAGACUGACAUUAAGAAGGAGAGGUUCAACCACUCCACCGAUCAUAGUGGGGAGGAGAAAUCUCACAAUGACCAAAACCAGUUCCUCCCCUUCUCCUGCCAGUACUGCAUGGAGACCUUCGCCGGGCCAAUCCCUCUGCAUCAGCACGAGCGCUACCUGUGCAAAAUGAACGAGGAGAUAAAAGCCGUCCUGCAGCCUACGGACGGAAGGGAGGCGGCGCCCAGCACCAAUGAGCGUGCCAAUAGCCCCCUCAACCAUUUCAAGGAACACGUGUCGGUGCUCAAGGCCUACUUUGCCAUGAACACUGACCCCAAUUCAGAGGAAUUGCUCAAGAUCUCAAUUGCGGUCGGACUUCCUCCGGAGUUUGUCAAGGAGUGGUUCAUCCAGUGGAAGAGCCAGAACCACUAUGGAGCCAGUCUGAGGAAGAAAUCGCCUCCUCCACUCAGCAGCAGCUUGGAUAUUAACCACAGCUUGAGCCGGACGCCAAAGUCCAUUCAGACCGCAGAUUCACACCAAGGCUUCGCUAACGGCGGCGCUUCCCACAGACUCACAAAGGCCAUCAAGUUGACAGCUAACCGGCAGACAACAGCCGACAAACCACUAAACCCCUUAGACCACUUGAGAAGCAACACUCCGUCACCCCUCAACCUCUCCUCUGCUUCCUCCAAGAAAUCUCAGAGCAGCUGUUACACUCCCAAUAUCCUAGCUUCUGAGGAGUCACACAAGGAUUCACCACUGGAUCUGUCACUUCCCAAACACAUGGCCCAGAAGCUAAUGGCUGUACGGGAGAAUCAACAUAGACCAAACGGUUUCAGAAUAGAGCGCGAUGGAGGAGAACAGGUGUCCAGGCCAAUGGAUCUGAUCCACAUCAAGAAAGAAGUGUUGUACUCCGAUGGUGGAGGAAACUCCAUCCAGCACAUGGAGAAGAGCACCAGUCCCAUCUUUGGGAUCAAUCCAUUUUCUGGCGGUCACGUCUACACCUCUCUGCCCCCUCACGGGGCCUUUCCUCCACCCACCUUCAUGUCUGCUCCCCGGGCCUCCAUCCCGGGCCUCAGACCCUACCCUGGCCUGGACCCGAUCAGCUUUCUGCCACACAUGGCCUACACCUAUGCUAACGAGGCCGCCACGUGCGUCGAAAUGCAGCAGAGGAGAAAGUACGAACGGAAACAACAUUUCCAGGGUGAGCUGCUGGAUGCCACAGCGGACUAUCUGUCGGGCCUGGAUGACCUGACAGACAGCGAAUCGCUGCUGUGCAGGAAGAAGAUGAAGAAGACUGAAAGUGGUAUGUACGCGUGUGACUUGUGCGACAAAACAUUCCAGAAGACCAGUUCCCUCCUAAGACACAAAUAUGAGCACACAGGGAAGCGUCCUCAUCAGUGCCAGAUCUGUAAGAAGGCCUUUAAGCACAAGCACCACCUCAUUGAGCACUCACGCCUGCACUCUGGAGAGAAACCCUACCAGUGCGACAAGUGCGGGAAGCGCUUCUCCCACUCAGGCUCGUACUCGCAGCACAUGAACCACCGUUACUCGUACUGCAAGAGGGAGGCCGAGGAGCGUGAGGCAGCUGAGAGGGAGGCAAGGGACAAGGGAGGACAAGAAGGAGGUCUGCAGGUGGAGCCCACCGAGUUGCCGUUGAAGAGCGCCUUCUUACAGGGUCUGGGCCCGCUAGGGUACUCUGAUCCUGAGGACCUGCAGGAGGACAGCGGGACAAUCCUGAGGGACGGCAGCGAGGAUGAAGAACGGGAGGAGAGGGAAGACAAAAAGAUGUACAAGGAGGUGACAGACAGACGGGAGGCCGGUUUCACGGAAGAAGAGGAAGUGGAGGAAGAAGGAGACAGCAGGAGGGACAAGGGCAAAGACAGAAUACAGCUGAUGGAGCAGAGCUCACAAAAAGGGAAGACAGAGAGAAAGUCACACCAGGAGGACUGAAACAGAGACAGAGAUGCUCCCCAACAAUUGGUUUGUCCUGUUUUUCAGAAACAGCUUUUAUUUGGAAGGGCCAAAGACAGAUUACUGAGGUUUAAUCAAACAAAGCAUCACAAAUAUGUUUCUGUCCUGAUUCUUGUCAGGGCAACGUCUUCUACAACGUAUCCAAACUUAACAAUGACUCCUACAAAAUGUCCAAAUAAUGUUUCCUACAACACGUCCAAACUUAAUAAUAUUUCCGAGAAUGUGUCCAAACAUAACAAUGCCACCUAUAACUUGUGCAACCUUAACAAUGUCUCAUAGAACGUGUCUAACCUUAAUAAUGACUACUACAAGGUGUCCAAACUUAACAAUGUUUCAUGCAAUGUGUUUAACCUUACUAAUGUAUCCUACAAGCUGUCCAAACUUAGCAAUAUCUCUACUCCAAAUCACCUUACAAUUUAAUUUAAUUGAAUUCAUUUAAUUUUAAUUUUCGCCCAAAAGUUUCAGAUUUGCCUCAGAGGGCUUUACAGUCUGUACACAUGACAUGUGACAUCCCCUGUCCUGAAACCUUUGCAUCAGCACAAAAAUAAAACCUUAGGGAGAACGGCAUUCUGUCCAUCUUUCCCCCGGGAUGGACAGAACGCAAUGUGUUCAAAAUGUCACCUAUAAUGUGUCCAAACAUUUCUUAUACAAGCUGAAAGCUAAAAGCAUACUUGUACCGUUAGCUACAGCCUGCUUGCUAAUUACGGCUACUUAGCUAAUACUAACAUGUAUCAGCAGCUACAGCAACUCAAUUUAGUCCCAACUGAAGAUGGAAAAUCAUGUAAAACACAUUUGGGUUUCUAGCUGAAAGUCAGAUGUUUAACAUGGAACUGUGCAAGCAUUUUCCUGGAUACCAAGUUAGCGGUUAGCUCUCCAGCUGCAGUUGUUGAUCAACUACCCAUGAUGAUUAGCAAAGAAACGCACUUCUUUAAAAGGUUUUUUAUCAGAUAUACAUCUGAAUACAAAAAUGUAAAAUGUGAAACAAUUUUGAUUUCGAUUCCUAAUUUGCACAUUAAGGUUGUUAGUCAAAUAACAAAGAAAUAUAAAACAUCAAGUUCACUUUCAAAUGAUCUGUGUUCACUCCUCGACGGACGGAGCAUGAUGACGAAGAAGAAUCCACAUUAUGCUAAAAUAAAAGAGUAAAGUAAGUAAUUAUCCAAGGUUAAUUACUGUUGAAGCUGUUUUUAAUAUGGAGUGUUAUAAACGCCUAAACGCUGUGUGGUGCUAUAAUAUUCUUAAUUUCCUGUGUCUAGUUGUGUUUGAAACCCCGCAUCAGGAAAAUUGCACUAAUCACUACAACAUAAAAAAACAACUUAAAAAGAUGGAAAAAAGCCUUGAACACGCGACCAUUUCCUGUCAGUGUUAUUGUUGUACUUGUCUUCUACUUUGACGUUUUUUUAUUUUGAUCCUGUUCCUGAAGAUUUCUUUUGGUUUUUGUGAAGGAACAUUUGAACCUGUGGGAUUUUGAAAAUACAAUGUUGAUAACCCAGUCUUAAAAAGAGAGUAAGUGGCGUAUUAUAAUAAAAGGACAGAGCAUUUGUGUGUGUGUUGACUUCUCCAGAAAGCCUUAUAUGCAAACCUUUUCACGUGUCAUUCUGCAAAGUGCCAUCCCUGUACAGCGUGCUCUCUUCAGUGUUAACGCCACUAUGGCACUCUCAUUUGUCUGUGUUAGCAUGGGUAGACCGCAGGUUGCUAGUUUACAUACGUUUGUGCAAUUUUCUCUACUUGUUUGUUCCAUGACAGUAUUUCUUCUCAGUAUUAUUUGUUUUUGUUGAAUUUUCCAACAUAAAUUUUCUCUCUGAGGUUCUUAUUUGAGAAUUUACCAUUUUAUUUAUGUGAGUCAUUUUAUAUUUCCUAAUUGUAUUUAUUCCAUACUGUAGUGUACAGUAUUAGUUCCUCACAAAUAGGUAUAUUUUAAUAAAAAAUAUUCUGUCAUUGACUAUUGGAGCAAAAAAGCGUUCAUGCAUACAUUUCAAUUAUUUUGUUUUUGUCUUUUGUUUGGCAUAUUUUUCUUUGAAAUUACUGGAAAUUCUAAAUUUGUUGAACUUUUGAUACAAUGAUUAUUGUGUAAACACUGUAUUUUUGAGAGUUAAAUCCACAUUAUUCAUACCACUGAUAAGGUGACAAAGGACGAAUGAUGACGAUGAUAAUGUCUGAAGUAUUAUUAUUGAAUUUUUAUUUUCUUUGGAAAUGAUCAUGGUUGAAUAAAUGUAGCCAAAUUAAAUUGUAUUAAAACAAUGUUUUUCUUCUUGUA